UCGCGCCCUCACUUCCUGGGGCGGGCAGGUUGAACAUGGCGGCGGGCUGCAGGGGCGGGCGGUGGUUUCUCUGUGCUGCGGCCGCUCUGCUCCUCGCAGCGGUGCUGGGUCCCGCCGCCUCCGCCUCCUCCUCCCGGACAGGCAGCCCGGGCGAGCUGCGGAGCCGCGUGCAAGUGCUGGGCGGCUCCAACUGGAGCCUGGUGUUGCAGGGCCAAUGGAUGUUGGAGUUCUAUGCUCCUUGGUGUCCAGCUUGUCAACAGAUUGAAUUGACAUGGGAGAGUUUUGCAAAGGAAAGCGAACGUCUAGAUAUCACUGUGGGAAAGGUGGAUGUCACUCAAGAACCAGGCUUGAGUGGUCGUUUCUUUGUCACAACACUUCCUACAAUUUACCAUGCAAAUGAUGGAAUAUUUCGCAGAUACCGAGGCUCACGAACAUUGGAAGAUCUUCAAGGUUAUGUUUUAGAGAGAAAAUGGGAAGCUGUAGAGCCUGUAGCAGGAUGGAAGUCUCCAUCUUCUAUAGUGAUGCAUGGCAUGGCAGGGCUAUUUCACCUCUCUGGAUGGAUCAGGCAAAUUCAUAGCUACCUCACUGGUACUCUUGGAAUUCAUGUUUGGAUUUCUUAUGCAAUCUUCAUCUUAGCUACCUUAUUGAUUGGCCUGUUCCUGGGUUUGAUACUGGUUUUGAUUUCAGACUGCCUUUGCCCAUCCAAGUCAAGAUACAGAGCUGAAGCAUCUGAAGAAGCAAUUACAAAGGAUAAUGUGGAGAAUGCAGCAUUAGAAGAACCAGAGGAGGCUGCAGAGCUUUCCGCAGAUGAUGCGGAAGAGACUGCAGAUGUAAAAGAUCUCUCAGAUGGAGAAGAUGCAGCAAAUUCAAGUGCUGAUGACUCAGAGGAGGAUUUAGCACUUGGAAAAGUAUCAGGGGAAGAGGAAAUGGAAGACUUAAGUGAACAACCUUUAGCUGAUCCAGAGACUGAAAGCUCAGUAAGACAGCGUAAAAGUCAGGUGGCUGAUAAUGGACAAUAGUUUUUUCGGUGGUGUAUUUUGUACACUUGGACCAAAGAAGAAUCAGACCCUGGGUCUGAAGCUGAAGCUUACACUUGAUUUGUCAUUUGUGUUUACGCAAAACCUCUGCUCUGUCAGCAGGCUUCUCUUUUUUUUACACUAAUACUUGCUUGCUUUGUUUUAUAAGCACAUAGGCUGUGUGUUGCAUAAAGUUGCAUAACUUUAGCCAUGACAAUCAAAAUAAGUGUAUUUUAUCUCUUUGAAGUCUUCUAAGAGAAAAGGGGUGUAACAGUCUCAGUUCACCAGCUGUAAAAUGGUAAUCUAUGCUUAUGUUCCUUUAAGUAUUGACCUAAGCAAGAUCAGGAGUUUUAAUUCUUUACAGUAGCUCGGCAGGACUGUGACUGUUCUGUCUGAAUGUUUAUUGUUUCCAAAUGCCACAGAAGCACCAGAGAAGUGAUACAGUAGUGAAAGAAGGCACCUUACUAGUCUUCUAUUAAAAAUGUUGUGUACGAUGUGUUUAUUUUUAUCACUUUCAACUGAAGCACCUUUCUCUUUCAUUUUUAUUAAUGUUUGUUUUGAAAGUUUGUCAUACAGUACGCACCCAGAUUUUUCAGUUUUUGGUAAUUCAGAGGCAUGUUGCACAGCUCAAGCUUGUCAGCUGAGUUUUUGACCCAAGGAGUUUGAGUAAUUGAAAACCUCAGGCCGAGAAAGAGUGGCAGCUAAAUGUUUAAAAUAUGUUUGAACUUUUAAAAGGUUUAAAGGAAAUUAUUUUGGUCAGGGGGGAUUUUUGCCAAAGCAUGACUCUAUUCUCCCCCCCUUCCCCCCCCCGCCAAGAGAUUGUAGCAAGAAGUAUUCACUUUGCAGUCAGUAAGUUGUGUAUUUCUUGCCAAUACAAGCUUGUCAUAUGCAGUGCAGUUCUGCCCUUUCCAACUCAGAAUACUUUUGGCAGAACUCAAACUGCUUUAGUAAUAUUAACUGAAGAGGCACUUAAGGUUUUACCUUUGAUUGCGUUUCUACUUUUUGUCACUGGAAUCGGCAUGUUAGGAAAAGAGAGGGACACGAGUGGGUAGUGGGGAGAAGCUUUUGAUUUUGCUACUUAUAUCAAGAUAAACAUGUGUCUAUUGAACUGUGUAAAGUGAAAAUGGCUUGCCAGCUAGACAGCUUUAGGUAUGAUUAGAAGACUUAAGUCAUUAGAGAUAUCAGUAUUUCCCUGCUUUGACUUGGUUAAUAUAUAAGGCUUUUUUUGGUAAGGAAUCCCUACAGUGAGAUCCUGUAUGUUCCUACGUUGUUGAUGUGUGAUCAUGUGCAUAAGAUGUCUUAAUCUUGAUUUUUUUUUAAUGUGUGUAUAUAUAUAUUUUGCAUAAACCUUGCUAACAUGCAUGAAUUUCAUCUUGUUCUUCAAGAAUAAAGAGUAAUCUGAGAUGAAAUCAUCUCUCAUUAGAAGAGAAGUUGCAAGUGCAAAAUGCUGGUUUCCUUUGAGACUGAGAUUAAUAGGGCCAAUUUGUGUUGAAAGUUGUUUUGGUUUGGGUGGUUUUGUUUUGGUUUUUUUUUUUUGUUUGUUUGUUUGUUUUUUAAUAAAUGCUCAUAAAGGGCAUAUUUACUAUGAAAGCUUAACUUUUCCUGUCUGUGUCUUGUUGCAUAUUGUGUCUUGGAACUAUAUGGUAGAAACUUUGCAUUUGUCUGUUAUAGUUGUGUAAAGAACAAAAUUACACUGCAUAUAUUGAAUAUGAAUUUUCUUAAGGAACGUUCUCAGUCUGGAGCUUGAAUUUCAUAUAGUGGACACAUAAAUAUGCUUUCACAUUUGUGAAAACAUAUAGUUGAUAAUAUACAUACAUUGCACUAUAAUGAGAAAAGUUUGUCUUGUGUUAUUUGGGUGUUGUCCCAUGUAACUGAGCAAUUAUAGAAGCUUACAGACAGCAGAACUCAGUUGAGGUACAUAGCAGCUUUUUUUUUUUUCUGAAAAAAACCAAAACCAACCCAAAAACCAACCCCAAACUCAAGCUAAGCUUUUAUUUGCAAAAAUUAAGAAAACUUUGUGGCCACUGUAGUCUGGAGGGAAGAACUGUGUACCUAAAAGCUCAGAGUACAGAUUUGUUGUUUCCACCAUGUGUUUGCUCUUUUUCAUUAUCUGUGCAUCAGGAGCUCAUAAAAGUCUAAAAGAAAAACAAGACUUUAACCAUAUUUCAUGAGACAAGCACGAGUCAGUGUGUGUAUAUUCAGUUACAUGAACUUGCAUAAGACAAGAAUAGACAUAUCCCCUCAGUCACAGAUCCAAAACUACCAGAUGCUGAAAAAUAUGUGGGACUGUAUCCAGCACAGAUUGAGGGCAGUGAUGGCUUUGAUUGUGUACCAAAGGGGAUAUUUUAUACCGCAUAGGGUCUUGUGAUACUCGGUGUGUAGGAGGGGGCAUGUCAAUAUUAAAUUUUGAUUCAAUUUCUCUUCACUUUUGUAAUAUCAUGGAGCCAGUCAUCUAAUAUCCUCUUCAGCUGUUUAAAGAGGUUUUAGCUUUAAAACAUGCAGAAUAUCCUUAUACCUCACAAUGGCUUUGUUGUGUGCUGUUGGGAAUAUGAAGUAUUAAAAAGUCAAGUGUACCUCUUUUCAGUGCUCAAGAUAUGAGGUAUUUGGGCUUUUUGAAUGUUCAGACAAACAAGGUGUUCUCACAAGAGUUGCAUUUCAUUACAGUGUCUUUGAAUUUAAAACAAACAAACAAAAACCACAAAUGAUACUUUGUCCUGUAAGAUACAUGGUUUAUGAGAUGCUGUGAAAAAGAUCAGAAGCUCCUUUGUGUGGUGAUUCUCUGAAGUAUCUGCUUACAUUUCCUCUGUUUUUCCAUGUCACUGUUAAGUUUGGAUUAUUUAAAAUGAAGAUAUUAGGUAUUUUCCAUCUUAAAAGACCUAUCUGUAAGAUCACUCACUGAUGAGCAGGGAUUAAGUAAGCAGGCAGCAAGUGACAGCAGUUCAUUUCUUUAUAGAUCUGUCUUGUAAGUCUGGAAAUGAGCUGUACUAGGCUUCUAAGGUUUUUUUGAACAUAAUAUGUAUGUCACUGCUCCUGUGUUUUCAUUAAUAAAGUAGGGAAUAUUAAUGCUAA